AUGCAAGGCUCUCGCUCUGAAAGCGAAAGUGAUACUAAAGAACUCACAAGACAGCUCCAGAACACCACGGUGUGCUCAGGAAUGAGUGACACCGAGUCUGACAGUGGAGGGGCUUAUGGCACAGCCAUGGAGGAUACAUCUGAUGGUGAAGACCUUAUAGGCAGUGCUGGCUCCUUCUCUGAGGCCGCUUGGGACAACUACCAGGCACCACUAUAUCCCACUGUCAGCGAUGAGGCAACUGAACCAGCAUUGCAGUGGUCAGAUGAAAUGGAGUUUGAUGAAGAGCUGCCUCCUCCUGCUAAUAACACCAUUAUUACGCAGAUGGUAGCAAAAAAGAGUGAUGAAGAUUCUGGAAAAGGAUCUCGUUCAGCCUUGUGUGAUGAUAGUGAUUCUGAUUUAGAAGAUUUCUAUCAUGUACUUGAUGAAUCAUCCAAUCAGCUUAAAGUUACUGAUCAUGCCUUACAAAAGAAGAAAAAAGAUACUGGAUUGUACUUGAACACUGGCCGAUAUACUGAACUGCUGGCCACCUGUCAGACAAAUAUCAAGUGCUUGGAAGUAAUCUACCAGCACCUGAACAGUGCCCCGCCUGUGGGCAAAGAAGAUUUAAAUCGAAUGCAAGGAUUGCUGUAUCAGUGGGAGAAGCUGCGUGCUUUGGCAGUGGAGCGUCAAGGUCAGUGCCGUGAGCUGUGCUCAAUCAACGAUUCUCUGACAGCCAUCUACACCUGGCUUCAGGAAUUCUCAGCUUUAAUAAAAAAAGACCAAUUCAAAGGAUUACUUGAUGCUCAAGCCAUUAUAAAAGCUAUUCAGGAGAAACAGGCAUUAUUUGAAGAAAAGAUGUCCAAGCUGAAUGAACUGAAAGAUUUGAUCAAUUCUUUCAAGGAGCAGCAUCCUGUAAUAACUGUGGAUGGCUUUUUAAUGAAAAUUGGUAAAGCAAUUACAGAACUGAACACACUUCAUGAAAAAUGCUCACUAAAAUUGCCUCAGCUUCAGAAACAUUUACUGGCUUGGUAUGAAUAUAUGGAAACAAAGAAGGAACUCGACUAUAUGCUCAAACAGCAACGGCAACAGCUUGAUACCAUUAGGCACCAACUUGAAGUUGAUUUCCCAAAGAAUAAGCCUAAUAUUCAGAAUGACCUCAAAGUUGUUCAGAAGAACCUGAGCCUGUGUCAAGGAAAGCUUGAUCAGUUGCACUCAUGUCGUCUUCAGUUAACAUGUUACCUUGACCGUGCAGCAAGUGCUGGAAUCUCUGCUGAUUAUUCUGAGAAUCGACGCCUGUUGUUUGCCAUCAGGCAGCAGUGUCAGAAAUGCUUGACCAAAGCUGCUCGUCUGAACUCUACUGGAUCCAAUAAAUUACUUGUAAAGGAAAUCAGCUUACAGACUAACAAAGGCAACUCACUGGCAAAAGUCCUUUCACUCUCACCUGGCACUGUACGUACUGCUGACAAAGCCACAGAUGUUGCUAAUCUCAAGUGUGAUGAGCCACUGGAUCAGGCCAGUGUCAUGGCAGCUACUCCCAAUAACUUCCAAAACACUUGGCAAGGACUGGCUCUUGUGUGUCUUGCUGGCCUUGUAUACUUAGUUGAUCCAGAAUCUAUUGAAAAGCUUGCUGACUUCUCUAUUCAUCUUCAUCCUGAUCUGCAACACAUUAAUGGGCCGCCCCCAAUCUGA